AUGCCGCAACGUGUUCGCAGUUUAGCCUGUCAUCAGCGAGUAGCUCCUGUGGCUGUUUCGGUUGUUAGGGAUCCGCAGCUGAGAAACAGUCGACGAUUUUACCAAUGGGUGUCUCAAGCAUUUGAGGUUUAUAUUGAAAGCGGUCGCGUUUUCGGGUCUGGAGCAGAGCAGCACGCGCGAUCUGUUGAUCAAAAGACUGAUACAUCAAUCCCGUGA